CCUGUCAUUACUUAUGCGCACGGCAGAUGGCAGCAUAGAAUUUCACUCAAGACAAUUGACCACGUGAGGAAGAAUGAGCUCUGUAUGCACGCAUGCGCAUUGAGUUGUUUCACUAAAUGGAGGUUGUUUGAAAUGUCUGCUGUGACAAAUUGAAAACAUGCAGUGAUAUUUUGCUAUUUGUUGAUUCCUGUAAAGUUGCACUGAGAGAUCGGACAUAAUGGGUGAGUUAAAACAUGACAAGUGCUGUCAGCACGCAUGAAGGGUUGCGCGGAAAGUAAAUGAGUGUUAGUAACCGGUUAGCGAAACUGCUAAACACAGUCACAAUACUGUAUCCUCUAUGACAUGUUAUAGCUACUGUAGGCUUGUGCUUUGAGGUUGCAUCAGCUUAAAGGGAUAUUCCAGCGUAAAAUAAAGUUAGGGUCAAACACACCGUAACACCGAGUUAGACACCCCCUCGAGGGAUGAAUGUUGCCGACCGCCUGCUUCUCUAGUUAUACCAACAGGACAUAUAGGGUCCCAGCUAUAGUACUAGCCACCAAACAUCUUUUUAGCUUUUCCUUAUUUCUUUAGCAAAGAGACUAAACCCAUCUCACCUACUCUCUUCCAGCAGCCGCUUGUUUGUAGUGAAACCUCAGGCCAGUCCAUUACGGACUGUUGCGGGGUGACGCAGCUCAAGGAAGAACAUUUAUGAUCAUUUUCUUAGUAAUUUCUUUGAAGUAAUUUUCCCCAUAUUAAUCAUUUUGCACUGUAGAUGCUGUAGUUCUUCUGCCUUGGCGUUUUGGUCUGAUUGCAUUUCCAUGAAGAAAUGAUCAUAAAUGUUCUUCCUUUAGCUGCAUCACCCCGCUGGAAUUUUAUGCCAGAAUAUCCCUUUAAGCAUCCAAUAAAGUAGAAAGUGUGUGCUUACUUUCUUUCCUUUGGUCAGAAGGUGGCACAGAAACUGAGAGAUCUCCAUCUCAAAGUGGACAACAGUCUCCAAAACUGGACCGAAAUCCAUCACCACCGCCGGUCACAGCCGACGGAGAGGAAGGUGAAGAUUUGGAUGCCAUUGGAGAAACUGUUUAUAGCAAGCACUGGCUUUUCAGCACCCUGACGCGUCUAAUCAAUGUAAGCAUUCCCAAUACAAAAUUUAAUGCAUAAAAUUAGAUUCUUUGUCGUGAUUCAGCUGGAAACAGCAGCAUAAUUUGAAGUUGUUUUUAUGUGUUGAUGGAUUUUACAAAUUUCACAGUACAAGAGACUUACAAACACAGAGCAUCAGGCUGCUGCAACACAUUUUAAAGGGAUAUUUCAGGAGAUAUGAAGUGCGAUUGUAUGAGUUACAUGUCACUAGUAAGUGCAGCUGCCACAUUGGGGCCCCCUCAAUGAGAAUACAAGGUUGUGCUGAAGAAUCUCCCUGUAGAGCAAACACUCGUACUGUGAUAUGUGUCUCUAAAGAUGUUUCAUGACAGGGUACCCUCUCUACAGUAAUCUGUAGUCUAGUUUGCAUGCCAAUUCUCACAGCAAUUUUUCUCACUAAAGGGGCAGAACUGACCAGCAUCUGCUGUGGUUUGUACAGUAACUAGUAACAUCAAACUACCCCACUUCAAAAAUACUGAAAUAUCCCUUUAGGCACAGUUGUUUUCAUGAUACGAACCAUUUAACAAUAGUCUCUCUUCCUGUAAGGCAGUAAUUUUUUUAUGGUUGCUAAAUGGUUUAUUCAAGAUGGUCACAGAGCAUUCGGAGGAGGACUCUGAAGGUGAAAUGCAGCUCCCUGAUGAUGAUGAGGAAGAUCUGUGUCGGGUCUGGGAUAUGGCCAUGGAUAAGGUAGAGUAUGUGUCUUAAACCUGCAAAUGAGUGUGCUAUAUGCUGCAGUAUUGGGCUAUUUUUCAAAUGUUUGAAUCACUAAUGAGUGGGUCUUUUUUAGGAUGUUGCUGGUUUUCUGCAGGAAUUCAAAGCUACAGACAUUCUUCUCGGGGUGAUAGCCAAAUCACGCUGUCCACGUCUCACAGUGAGUUUCAUUAAUUCAGUGGCAGAAGAAAAUCCUGUGCUUGAUGUCGUAUUUUUGGGUUUUGAAUUGAAGAUUUUUCUUCUGUUUCUAUAGGAAAUUUGUGUCGGGAUCCUUGAGAACAUUGCUUGCUUUCCUGAAACUUGUCUGACUCUUAGUCAAAAUGAAGACUUGAGGUUGGUUACAGUCUUCAGUCCUCCUUCAAAUAAGGUUUUGUGACCUGAGGAUGUCAAUUUCUAUGAAUGCAACUCUGCGUGUUUCCACAGAGCUGUGCUGUUACUUCUUCUUGGAGACACAGAUCCUCCCACCCUUCUGGAAACAAGCAGGUAAAAUCUGCAUCACCAGUACAUGUGAGACAAAGAGACUGAGAGUGUGGCAUUAAUCCUCUCUGAUGGUGUUUGCAGGUUGCUGCUAACCUGUUUGUCUCAGAAAGACGUCUGUUCCCUGUGGCUUCAGCGAAUACGACGGCAGACGUCCGUGCUCUCCAACCUCUGUUUUAUCAUGUGCAGUUCCACCAACAGUACGAUGCAUUUCUCACCUCCACUGUUAUGAACUCACCAAAUGUAACUUAUUAUUAAAAUGUGCAGACAUACUUGGGUGACUUAGCUCAAAGUUCCUCUCCGUAGAUUAUUCUCAGGGUUUUUGAAUCUGAUGGUGCAUAGGAGUUGUUUUUUAGUGAGUGGGUCACAAUUUUUUUUUGGUAAUCCUGUGCACAUGCAAGUGACUCACAUGCACACGAAUAAGCCCUGCUUAUAAUUUCCAGCUCUUCCACUGAUGUAUAGGGGAAAGUGCCACAGCGAGCUAUGCAGUGCUGGAAUGAAGAAAGGGACUAAGAAAAGUUGCAAAUAAACAUUAUCAAAACAACUUAAGAAAAUGUGUUUUUAAAAUAAUGAUUAGGGAAGGAAAUGGACAUUAGUACACACAGACUUUUGGCUGGCAUACAGUGAAAUUUCAACAUUUCUUAGCUGUAUUUUCAACCUAAACAAGAGAAAGAGAGCUGUAGCGUCUGUUUUUCACACAGAAAGAGAGUAAGAGUGAAGAAGACAAAGCCUUAGAAAUUAAAAUAAAAGACUCCAUUUUCUCAUUGCUCCUUAGUGAUUACACUUUAGAUGAAGGUGUGAAGCAUCCACAACUCCAAACACAUGCAUAUAAAGGUGCUUGAUUUUGUUAAUCACUCAAGUGUGUCUGUCUGUUGUACCCUUCAUCCUCUCUUCUUCGCCACCGACCGUUACAGGCUGGCAAAUACUGACUCUGCUCUUUUAUGUAAUUGUUGUACUAAUUGUCCUCUGUGUUUUACAGCUGACCUGCUGGAGAAGGUUGGAGAGCUGGUUGACAAACUCUUUGACAUGGAUGAAGAACUGAUGAAGAGUUGGGUCAUGAUUCAGUCAAGCGAGGAGGAGGAAGAGGGGGAGGAUGGCGGCGAAAGGCGUCUAGAUAUCACUUUAAGUCUCCUUGAGGCAGCUAAGCAGAUAAGGUGAGCAUGGGGAGUUGAAAUUCUGGAGAAUGUGAAGGAGUUUACAAAUAUAUUUAUUUUCCGAGAAGUGAUGAAAAAUAUAGUGAUGAUAAAUAGAUAUGUAUGGCAUUGUUUUCACAGAUUAGACAGUCCAAACGGCUUAGAGGUUUACCUUCAUGCCUUCCAACUCCUCACCACCAUAGACGAGGGCAUUCAGACUCUUGGUGAGCGCAGUCAAAACACUUUUUUCGGAUCAGCUGUUGGCAUGAAAUCCAAAACACACCUGAGGUGACCUCAAAGCAAAUAACAUGUUGCGCAAUUGUUCCUCAUAGCCUCCUCUGACGGACCUGGCAAAGCACUGUGGGAUUUUGUCUGUGACGUGGUGUGUGAGGAUCUCUGCCAGUCAGAUGAUCUAUCAGUCGUCUUGCAUGAGCAGAAGAGUGUUUUGGUCCAGGCUUUUGCUGUACUCCAGGCACUUAACAGAUGCCAGGAUCAGUGGCGCAACAGAAGUGAUGCAAGUAAGUUUUGUAACAGCUCCAUUGUGUUUUAGUUGCACAAUUUACCCCAGAUUUACUGGGUUUACCCUUUUCCAAUCCACGUAGUGUGCUGAAACGAUGAUUUGUAGUUGACUGUUUAAUGCCUUGAUCAGCCGUCUCUGAUAACAAAAGAUAUCCAAGACCAAAAUGGUUUAGUGAGGUGUAGUCUUGUAAGAUACUGAAAGUAAGAGCUUCUAAAAGUGGCACCACAGCGUUUAGUGGAAGCUGACGUACUAAUACAUAUAAGAAAUGGCCAAUGUUGAAGUUGGGUGAAAACUUCAGAACUGUCUACUCAGAUUUAAUGGUCUCUAUAAUGGAGAAAAACACAACAAAACGUCUCACUAAAGUAUGUACUAUUAAAUAUCAAAUAAAAUAUUUACAAAUGAUAGUAAAACAGGGUGUUUGUGAUGCACACAAUAUUUUCUAUAAGACUUCUUAUUUUAGCUUAAUACUGUUCAGGGCAUAACAGGAAAAAGUGUAAGAAAAAAAAAAGAUAUAGAUCAAACUAAAGGAAUCAGUACAUCAGCCUGCUGUAUUUAUUGAUUGUUUUUUUUCCAUCAGGCCCUCCCCUAAUUGGGACCAUUUUAAGAGUUCUUCAGCACCACAGUGAGAGCAAAGCUGAUCAAACCAAAGAGGACACGCGGGAUGAACAGCUUCAGACUCUGGCAGAGAUCACGUCUGAGUUCCUGGCUGAUAUCUGCUCUCAGAUCUCUAAGGUAUUUCUUGUGCAACUAACUUUUUAUUGAGGAUUACGGUAAAAGUAGCUUUUUUUCUGAAGUGUUUGUUUUGUAUUUAUAGGAAACAGUGGCAGCUUUGGUAAAGGAAGGAUAUCUUACAGAGAAGACGUCUCUCACAGCUGCACACAGUUUAGCUCAAAACUCCAAGACUUCAGUAAGUGCUUUCACCGAAACUACAUUCUACAUUCAUUUAUAGACCAGCAGGAACUCAUGAAAAAGGUUUCUCUUAACAUUUUUUCUCCCAGACAGUAAGCUUUACAAAUGCUGCGUAGUGUAUCUGGUGUAUCAGUUUAAAAAGGAAAGAAAAACAAAAGACCCCUUACAAACUUUAAAUUUUGUUCUUCAGUAAAAAACUGUUUUUUUUUUUUAAUCCUGGAAUUUACCAAGAGCAGUUCAGCUUCAAAUUUAUUUAAUGAUGGAAGUGGAGCCAAGUUUUCCGUAGUAUAUAGUCAAACAGAAGAAGUAGUUUGCAUUAAACAUGGCUGGAAGGUGGUACCUUCAACCUCCUGACUGGAAGAUGACGAACUCUACUGCUGAGCCACAGCUGCUCCAGCUCGUUGGUUACAGCUUCUUGAAUUUUGGAGAGUCACCUAAAAUGAAUUAUUGUAAUGAUUCAGGAACAAUAAUUUAAGUGUAGAAAUAUCUUCAUUGAAAGCCCCAUCCUUUUGUGUUUUAACUGCAGUCAUUAAGUGUUCAGGCCUAAUUUUAGACUUUGUACCGUGUUAAGAUGUGUGAUGUGUUAAGCUGCUGAUACACACCACCAUCUCCUGUGGAAAAUAAACAUCAUAUUUCCAUCCUUCCCCUCUUCCUCUUGUUCAGUUUCAGCACCUGCAGUCCAUGCUGUCAGAGACUGAUCCCCGACUGGCAGACAUUGUGAGGAAACAGUUUCCUGUGUGAGGUGCUCCUCUCAUCCAGAGUCUCACCUUGGCUUUUAUUAGACAUAACUAUUUCCUCUCCAAGGAUCGUGCUCCAAGUCAUGCUGUUUGGAUUUCCAUCGAAAGGACUCAACAAGGAUGUCGCUCCAUCAUAAACUGUAGAUAGUGUGACAAAGGCUGUACCAUAUUUUUCUUCUUUCCAAUGUGAAUGUUAUUUUUGUAUUAAAAAAAUCUGAAUUUUAUGAAACAGA